AUGCUGCAGCAGAUCCUGCACGACAUGUACAUCGACCCCGAACUGCUCGCCGAGCUCAGUGAUGUGCAGAAGCACAUUCUCUUCUACAAAAUGCGAGAGGAGCAGCUGAGGCGCUGGAGGGAGCGCGAGGCUUGGGAGGUCGUGGCCCAGGCAGAGGGCCUCAGGCCCCCGAAACCGAAACCAAGAGCAGCGAGCGACAAGCACAUCCGGUGGCUCCUGGGGGCAGAUGGUGAAGUCUGGGUCUGGAUCAUGGGAGAAGGUCCUGGUGACAAGCCCUACGAAGAGAUCUCUGAGGAGCUGAUUGCAGAGAGGGCGAGGCUGCAGGCACAGAGGGAGGCCGAGGAGCUCUGGAGACAGAAGGAGGCAGAAAUCACCAAGAAGUUCCGGGAUGCUCUGGCCAAUGAGAAAGCCCGGAUCCUGGCAGAGAAGUGGAAAGUGGAGAUGGAGGACCGGAAGGCUGCCAAGGUCCUGGAGGAACGCAUCCGUGAGGAGUUCAAGAGGAAAGAGGAAGAGGAGAGGAAGCGAGGAGAGGAGCAGAUUCGCCUGCGGGAAGAGCAGAGGGCCAAGGAACUCUACUGGACCCUGAAGCAGGCCCAGCUGCAGAGCCACGCCAGCGAGAGCGAGGAGCGGGAGUGGGAGGAACAGCUGCGCAGGUCCAAGGCCGCGGACGAAGAGAGGAGCUGCCGAGCUCAGCACGCCAGGGACGAGUACCGGCGCCACUCCCUCCGUGCCAUCCAGAAGGGCACGGUCGCCGGCCUCAGCUCCAUGUUCCAAGAGCUUGGCCAGAGCCACGAGCAGGAGGCCAGACUCUACCACCACCUCCCAGGCCCCGGGCCUCCGCCACCCCUUGCUAUACCUGUCAGCAGGACCUGGGAGCGCCCACUGAGACCUGUCUCCAGAGAAGUCAUAGUCCGCUGGUUUAAGGAGGAGCAGCUGCCUCGCAGAGCUGGCUUUGAGAGGAACACUGAGUCCAUCGCCCCCUGGUUCCAUGGAGGAAAUUAUCACUGUUUCAGGGGGAGAGCUGCUGCAGGAACCCUGUGGACAGAGGGACAGCCCACCAGACUACCAUCUGUUGUUUGAAUGAUUCCCCCCCCCCCUUAUCAAUUGGACUUCUUUGGGCAUCCAUUUUUUGAACUCAACUUAAGAACUUCCCAGCUCAAAUCCUUAUGGCCUUCUGGAAGAUCUACCACCAUCCAGAGGAUUCAGUAGAUUAGUAUGUCUCAAGGGAUAUGAAAUAUAUGUGCUAUUGGUCCCCAUCCCAAUGCCCAGGACAGAAAUUGCUAAUAGGUGAUGCAAUUCUUUCAUGAAGAGUUUAGUUAUGACUUCAUGAAGCCUAUUUUCCUUGGCCCCCCUAAGCUGAGCCCCUAGAGCACAUGGGUCAUGUUUUAAUAAUCCAAAAUAAUUCCAGUGCCGAACUCUGAAUUUAACCUAUGGUAGACAUUUAAUAAAUGUUUGUUGAAUGAAUGCAAUUCUUCUGAAUGUCUUCAAACACUAAUCAGCAAUGUUUUCUAGUAAGUUAUUUCCUACCUUUUCUGUCUAUAAAGUCAUGGAGAGUAUAGAAGAAAUACUGCAAAGGAUUUAUAUGGAAAAUAUAGAUGCUGCAUCUUUAAUGAUGUACAUUAUUGCCCUCAUUGAUUUUAUCAUUGGAAUAAUUACCUAAGGCUUCUGAGACCCAGGUUCCAGAAUAGGUGGCUGAUACUGCCCUGCUUUCUUUAUUUGCCUCUUCUUCUGCCAC